AUGCACUUUUUAGCACUCAUCAUUGUUCCAAUAGCAGUUUCUUCACCUACUGUUGCUGCGCCAGAUGUUAUUUUACGUCGCUCCACCAGAGUCCAUCAUCCACCUUCUCACUUGAAGGAUUAUAUCUGUUCUGUUAAACAGUGUAAUAAUGAUUAUGCUAUUCAGAACCUAAAGAAUAAACUUGAGUCUCAGUUCUCUCUCAAGAAUCUUGGUCGUUUACAAUAUUUCUUGGGCAUUGAGGUAUCUCGUUCUCAUAAAGGUAUUUUUCUUUGUCAACGCAAAUAUAUUCUUGACAUUGUUAAUGAUUCCGGCCUUUUAGGUGCUAAGAUUUCUCUAUCUCAGGUGGAACAACAUCUAAAACUUCUCCCAUCUUCUGGUGAUCCUCUACCUGAUCCUAGUAUUUAUCGACGUCUCAUAGAUCGUCUUCUUUAUCUUCAAGUGACACGUCAUGACAUCACUUAUUCUGUUAACUAUUUAAGUCAGUUCAUGCAGCAGCCAUGCUCUAGUCACUUGGAUGCUGCACAUCGUGUAGUCCGUUACCUUAAAGGUACUGUUAGUCAUGGCAUCUUUUUAUCCGCCUCCAUCUCUUUGUCUCUUUCGGGUUAUACCAAUUCUGAUUGGGCAGGCUUCCCAACAACUCGUCGAUCAACAAAAGGUUAUUUUACUAUGCUAGGAGAUAGUCCAAUUUCUUGGAAGUCCAAGAAACAGCCUACAAUAUCUCUUUCUUCUAUUGAAGCAGAAUAUCGAGCUCUUGCACGGCUUACUUCUGAACUGCAAUGGUUGCAUUAUCUUUUCCGUGAUCUUCGUAUCACUAUUCCAAAACCUAUUCCAAUUUACUGCGAUAAUCAAGCUGCUAUUCAUAUUUCUGAGAAUCCAUUUUUUCACGAAAGGACUAAACAUAUAGAAAUAGAUUGUUAUUUCGUCCGUGAAAAGCUACUUUCGGGUCUCAUCAAGCCUACUUAUCUGUCAUCAGCAUUACAAUUAGCUGAUCUAUUCACAAAACCACUGGGAGUGGAUCAUUUUCGCCGACUUGCAAGCAAGUUGGAUCUUCGAUCAGAUAAUCCUCAGGCUCCAACUUGA